AUGUUCCCCCAUUCCCCGCUCCCCCAUUCCCUAAUCCCCCAUUCCCCGCUCCCAAGUUUCCUGUCCCCCGAUUCCCUUACCCCCAAUCCUUGUCCCCCCAUUCCCUGCUCCCCCAUCCCCUGUUCCCACAUUCUCCGCUCCCCCGUUCCCGGUCCCCCAAUUCCCCGUCCUCCCAUUCCCCGUUCCCUCAUCCCCUGCUCCCCCAUCCCCUGCUCCCCCAUCCCCUGCUCCCCCAUUCCCUGUCCCCUAGCUCCCUGCUCCCCCCUUUCCCUACCCGCUGUCUUUCUUUUCCCCUGCUUACCCAUUGCUUCCCCUCCUUCUCCCCACUGCUUCCCCUCCUCCUCCCCCCUGCUUCCCCUCCUUCUCCCCCCUGCUUCCCCUCCUUCUCCCCCUUGCUUCCCCUCCUCCCCCCUGCUUACACCCUUCUUCCCCCUUUCCCCUCUCCUCCAUACGCCCAUCAGCCUCCCUUUCCCCGCUCUUCCCAUCUCUACCUUACUACCUUCACUACCUUACGCCCUGACGCCCCCUUUCCCAUCGAUUCCAGGCACCAUUACUCCCGCUCUCACCUCUCAAACUUACACCCUUGUCCCCCCUUUCCCCUCUCUGCCUUAUCCCCCUCUUGCCGUUCUCCACCUUACGCCCUGCUUCCCCUUUCCCCCUCUCUGCCCUACAUCCUUCUCCCCCUUUGUUCAGCCUGCCUUACCGCCUUCUACCGCCUUUCCCCCCUCAUCACUUACGCCAUUCCCCCCCCAUUUCCCCUCUUCCAUACCCCCUUCUCCCCCCUUCCCCCUCUCCUCCUUACGCCCGUAUACUGCCUUUUACCCGUCUCCUGCCCUUCCCCUCUCCACCUUUCAACCGUCUUCACCCCUUCCCCUCCCUGCCAUUACAGCCUUCUGUAAAACUCUCCUCGAUCUGCCUUGCGCCCUUAUUCCCCCCGUUCCCUCUCUUCCCUACUCCCUUUCCCCGUUACACCACUCUUCCCUUCCCCCAUUUCCCUCUCUUCCGAACACCCUUCUUCCCCUUCCCCCCUCUUGUCCUUACGCCCUGCGUCUCCCUUCCCCUUCUCUCCUUACACUUUCUUAUUGCACCAUGAGUUCUCUGCCUAACGCCCUGCUUCCCCCUGCUACCCCCUUCAUCUUCCUCUCCCCACUCUGCAUUACCCCCUCCAUUCACGUUUCCACCCACGGUGCCAUACGCCCUGCUUCCUCCUUUUCCCUCUCGUCCCUACACCCUUCUUCCCCCUCACCCCUCUCUGCCACGGGUCAACCCCCUUUCCCCUCUCAUCUUUCCAUCCCUACCCUACACCCCUCUUCCCCCUUUCCACACCCUAACUACCCCCUUUCCCUUUUCUGCCCUUCCCCCUUCUUCCCCCCGUGGCCUCGCUUCCAUACUGCCGGGUUUUCCCUCGUAACUUCACUCCCUGCCAUACUCCCUGCUUUCCCGCUUCCCUCACUUGUCUACACCCUUCUUCCCCCUCUCGCUCCAUGUGCCCUCUCACGCAGCUAUCUCCAUGCUCCACCCCUUGCCCUCUCGUGCUACGCUGUCGACUGUCCUCUCGCGCCUAAAUCACCUUCUCCCAAUUACCAUUCUCUCUUUCAAACUCCAUCUGCUCCCUCUCCUCCCUCUGUCCCAUCUCCCCUCCCUGUUCUAAUUCCCCUCGCCAACACAGCGCCCUACGCGUCGGCUCCUCUACACCUCUCUGCUCAAAGUCUCCAAUCCGCGACACUCGGCGCCGCCGCGCCACUCCUUGGGGUAGGCCUCUCCGCUCUGACUUCCCUCACGCCCCACCCUGCCUUACUCCCCCCUCCGCCUUCCUUUUCUCAACCCCCUGCUCUCUCUCCUCCCGUCACAAAUGCUACUCCGGAACCGCUCCUCCCCCUCUUCGGCUCCCAGCCCUCUAUCCCUUCAAAGCCAUCUCUCCCCUCCUUGCCCUCCCUCGACCCCUUGCACUCCCCUCCCUCCCUUCCCUCCCUCCUCUCAACAAUCUGUUGCCCCUGUCCCACCGUCGUGUUGCAAUCUGUCCUGUCCCCAAUCCCACGCUCUUUCAUCUCCGUGCUCGUCGUGCCCCCUCGCUAUCCUGUUCCAACCCUGGCGACCCCCUCCAUGCUCGUCGCCCUUCCCCACCCUUUCAAACCAGUCUACCACUCUCUCCUGCCAUUAGUGUGA